AAUCCGGAGGGCUCUUCUUGUUGCUCCGCCUAAUCCCGAAACAUUCCGCCACCAUCUGAGAAAAGAAACCCCACCACCACCAGCCUCCCUUCUGCUCCGGUUAUGCGGCGGCUACCGCUGCGGCUCCUGCGCUCCGCGGCCGCCGGAUCGCUCCGGCGCCCCGCCCCCUCACGUGGCGGCUGUCCUGUCCCUCGAGCGCCACGUCUGCCGGCGGAGGCAGCCGCCGGGCCGGCUGAGCUUGCCCGCUGGCUGCCGCGGAGAGGGUACUCCCGGUUCGCGAGCGGAUUCACCCCCUUGGAGCCGAAGAAGCUGGGAUCCAUCCUCGACGUCGAGCGCGCCAAGGGCCUCUCCCCCGAACACCUCGUCGCGGCAUGGGAUGACUACCACUUGGGAAGAGGUCACAUUGGUGUAUCUAUGAAAGCAAAGCUUUACCGUCUCUUGGAACAAAGAUCGGCUACAUGCCCAUAUUUUGUUAUUCCUUUGUGGAGAGGAAGUGGAUAUACCACCAUGUUUAUGCAAGUCCAGCUGCCACACAUGAUCUUCACAGGACUUGAAGACUACAAAGCAAGAGGAACUCAAGCAAGCCCUUACUGUACAGUCACUCAUUUCACAGAGUUUGCAGAAACCAAGGAUACAGUGCUUGUCCGAGGAGACGUUGUCUUCACCAGCAAACUAACCGAUGCAGAGGCGAAGUGUCUUUUAGAGACAGCACACUCGUUCUACCUGAACGAUGUGCGGUACAAGCUCGUGGAGCGUUUCAACAAGGAAACACGCGAUUUCGAGUUCAAAGACGUCCUUCAGGCGCUUGAAAUGCCGUCCAUGUGAGCAGAGAUGUGAAGCCAUCGUGCGAUGAUUAAGCUUCCCAGCACGGUGAACCUGAAGCUACUGCCGAGAAUGAAACUAUGAGUUCUUCACCUCCCCCUGCCCCCCACCCCACCCCAUUUUUGUUGUGGCAGUUGUAUCCGGAAAAACAACACCCCUAAGGCCUUUAAUUUGCAGAGUGGUCGUUCAUCCUGCUGAUUUACCUUAGCCAUAGCAAAGAAGCGAACCUAAGCAGACCCGGGCAAGGAUUUAAUAGCCAUUCUGUAGCUAUUUUGCUGUUUUUUUCUCAUAGCCUCUUGGCUAAAAUUUUCACAAUAAUAUGGUAGAAACAGAAACACGCUAUACUUGUUUCAGAUCCUAGCGACAAAAUGUGUGUUUAAAUUAUGGAUGGAAAUCAGCUGUGUGGUGUUUUCCACUUGAUCUGAUGACUGUUAAUCGAAAAACGUUAUUCUGCUCA